AUGACAGAGGAGGGCGGCGGCGGGAGGGAGAGGGAGGGGGAGGGGGACAGGGCCGGGGACAGGGCCGGGGACAGGGCCGGGGCGGCCAGGCUGUGGCGAGCCUCGGCUCUGCGCUCCAGGAAACUGCGGACCAACCUGCGGCAGCUGACGCUGACCGGUCUGAGCCCGAGCCCGAGCCCGGGGCCGGGGCUGGGCCUGAGCCUGAGCCCGGGGCUGGGCCUGAGCCUGAGCCCGGGGCUGGGGCUGGGCCCGGGGCCGCCCGGCGGCCUGGCCGAGGUGGAGGUGCUGAACCUCGCCAACAACCACCUGGAGGAGCUGCCCGAGGGGCUGGGGCUGGGGGGGGGGAGCCUGACCGUCCUGAUCCUGAGGAGGAACCGUUUCCACCGCCUGCCCCCGGCCCUCCAGCAGCUGCGGCACUUGACCGAGCUGGACCUCAGCCACAACUGCCUGUCCUGGCUGCCCGACGAGACGGCCACCUGCCUGCGGCGCCUGAAGAAGCUGAGCGUCAGCCACAACCGGCUCCAGAGGCUCCCGGCCGCCAUGGGCUGCCUGACCAGCCUGGAGGAGCUGGACCUCAGCUUCAACGAGCUGCGCCGCCUGCCCGAGACCUUCGGCCACCUGCGGACGCUGCGCAUGCUGGACGUGGACCACAACAAGCUGGCCCAUUUCCCCCGGCAGAUCUUGGACCUGAGGGACCUGGAGGAGCUGGACUUCUCGGGCAACAAGGUGGACAGCUUGCCCGGCGAGAUCGUCAUGUUGCGGUCCAUCAAGAUCCUCUGGCUGAGCAACACCAAGCUGGCCAGCCUGCCCGACGGUUUCGGCCGCUUGACCACCCUGGAGAGCCUGAUGCUGGACGGCAACGGGCUGAGCUCCUUGCCCGAAAGCUUCCGCAAUCUGGAGCGGCUCAAAAUGAUCAACCUGUCGUCGAACGGGUUCGAAAGGUUCCCCAACGCUGUGGCGGAGCUGGUCAGUUUGGAAGAGCUGUACCUGAGCCGAAACCGACUCACCGUCAUUCCGGAGAAGAUUUCCAACAUGUCCAAGCUCGCCACCCUUUGGCUGGAUAACAACAGGAUAAGGUACCUGCCCGAUUCGAUCGUGAGCCUGUGCUGUCUGGAAGAGCUGGUGCUGCAAGGGAACCAGAUUGCUAUUCUGCCCGACGCAUUCGGAAAGCUUUCGAAGGUCAACAUUUGGAAGAUUAAAGACAAUCCCCUAAUACAGCCUCCCUACGAGGUCUGUAUGAAGGGAAUACCCUACAUAGCAGCGUACCAGAAGGAGCUGGCUUUGUCUCAGCCCGCAGUGAAGCCCAGGUUGAAGCUCGUGCUGAUGGGACUCAAAGGUGCCGGCAAAUCUGUCCUGAGGCAGUGCCUGGUUGGCCAAACGCACGGUCUUCCUGUGUCACACGGGAAAGGAAUCGAAGUCACUCAGUGGGUUGCUGAUGUUGAGAAGAAUCUGACUUUUAUCGUCUACGACUUAGCGGGAGAUCAAAACUAUGAUCUCAUUCAGCCAUUCUUCCUCUCGCCCGGUGCUUUUUACCUCUUGUUAGUCAAUCUGAAAGCGUACGUUUCCGGUCGCUUUUAUGAUUUUGUUGGCUAUUUCCUACAUCUUCUUGGCGCCAGGGUGCCUCAUGGUGUUGUGUGUAUGGUGGGGACCCACGUAGAUCUCUGCAGUGAAAAAGAGAUCGAAGAAAAAUGCCUUGGGAUUCAUCACCAGAUUGCUCUCCAAGAGAAACGAGAUGUUGAGUUCAUGAACGCUGUAGCUCAAAAGGUAGACAAAGCCCUGAGCCAAGAGUUUGAUCUGCGAGCUACAAGUCCACACGCAUCGUUCUACGGAGUGUCGGAUAAAAACCUAAGGAGGAAGAAAGCACAGCUGCAGUACAUGUUGAAUAAUCGCCUCCAAAUAUUGUCUCCUGUCAUCCCCGUGAGCUGCCAAGGCCAGUAUCUGGGCAUCCAACGUUUGAAGGAGAAACUGCUGUCAAUUGCUGAACACAGGGAGAUUUUUCCAAAUCUCCAUAGAGUCUUGCCAAAAUCAUGGCAGAGGUUGGAAGAAUUGCACUUUAAGCCACAGGAACUUUGGCUCUCCUGGUGGGACUCGGCCAGGUUGGGAUUGCAAGCCGGCCUCACAGAAGACCGACUUCAAAGUGCCCUGUCUUACUUGCACGAGAGUGGCAAGUUGCUGUAUUUUGAAGAUAGUCUGACUCUUAAAGAGUACGUAUUUCAUAACUUAACCAAACUCAUUGACAUUCUAAAUAUCUUCUUCCAACGUGACGCUUCGGUUCUUCUUCAGAAACUCUUGGCUGACGCCGAUAUUGAUGAACUGAGAGCAACGCAACUGCAUCACUACGUGGAAGGGUUCCUGCUUCACGGACUUCUUCCGGUGCACAUCAUUCGCCUUCUUUUGAAGCCACACAUCAAGACCCAGCAGGAUCUGAAUCUAAUUCUAGAAUUGCUGGAGAAAAUGGGUCUCUGUUAUUGCCUCAAUAAACCGAAAAUCAAGCCACUGAACGGCGCGGCAGUCUGGUUCAAGUUCCCCUGUUACGUGAAGAAUGAGGUUCCACAUGCAGAAGCCUGGAUAAAUGGCUCAAAUCUCUCUGGACAACCAUUUGCCAUCGAACAGCUUCAAGUUGAAUAUAGUUUUCCCUUUUUGUUGCCUCCAGGGCUUUUUGCCAGGUAUAGUGUCCAGAUCAACACACAUGUUGUACAUCGAUCGGAUGGCAAAUAUCAGAUUUUUGCCCACAGGGGAAAGGUUCCUGUGGUGGUCAGUUACAGACCUUCCCGAAGCAGUCUGCGGGCAGACACUUUAUCUAUUACCAGCCAUGCUUCGUUGCCAAAUAUUUGGACAGCAUGGCAAGCCAUAAUUCCUCUGGUGGAAGAACUGAAUAUGCUUCUCCAGGAAUGGCCAGGAUUGUACUUCACUGUGCAUAUCCUCUGUUCAAAGUGCCUUAAGAGAGGGUCCCCAAACCCGCACACCUUUCCAGGGGAGCUGCUGAGCCAGGCCAGGCCUGAAGGGAUCACUGAGAUCAUCUGUCCCAAGAACGGGAGCGAGCGUGUGAACGUGGCCCUGGUCUACCCGCCGACUCCCACUGUGAUCAGCCCCUGCUGGCAGUGAGCAGCCUCACCAGAGUCUAUGCUCUUUACAACUCUGGUCACAUAUUUGACAGGCAUCAAAGACUUAGCGAGAAUAAGGUUGAUCUUUUGGACCGGGCCUCGUGUGAGAAUCCAUGGAAUGUUCAACGUUGAAAGGAAGCUGCCGAUCGAGAGACACUUAGUACCACUGGACUCUGAGAAGCUCCAGGCAGCGAGCCACCCUAGUGUCGCCCAGUGUAAGGAUUAUGGAAUGGGUCUUUCAGCUUGUGCUGGAGCACAGAGAAAGGCUUAUUUGCUCACUUCAAAACACUUGUGUUUCUUCUGAGACGCGAAUGAGAGCUUCAGAACCAAUCGACACGGCACACACCAUCUUGUAAGUGGAAAAAAAGGUGGGCACGGAGAGCUUCCCUAUUUGUUUUUGUAAGGAAUGGCUUCUCAGGGAAUUCCUUUUGCAAUGGUUAACUAAGCCAUACAUUCAUUCAUUGUUGUCUACUUGUAAAGUGCAGUGGGAAUAAAUGCUUCUAUGAAUGUUACUUUCUUGUGCGACGGAUGGGUAGCGAACCUGAUGCUGUGUGCACUGAAUUUUGUGUAAUUACAUCUUUUUUUUAAAAAAGUGCUAAAAAGUAAAAGAUUUAUUUAGUUUCCAGCUUCAUUUUGAAAACAUAACUGUGCAAUAUCGUGCAUGAUAAAAUAAUCCUAAAUCUGAGUAAAUAUGUUUCUAUGUGGUUUAUGAUUCGCUUGAAUCAAAAUUGUGGAAACUAUGAAAACUUUUAUCUGAGAGAUCUUUAUAGAUCUACACUAUAAAGACUAUAUUGAAGCUGCAGAAAUUUCUUUUGUCUAUUUCAGGAGCAUUCAUUAAACAGACAUAGCAAAAUCAGUUUAGUUUAUUUUUUUAUAUAACAACACACUUUCAUAUUUAUUUAUUCAGAACAACGGCCCAUGUCCUUAUUCAGCACUGUUAUUGAGGGACCCAGUCUAUUACUACAAUCGUGCUUUCUGCCUUUAGUCAAGACAAAAUUUCACCCACAAAUAUACUUUAUGUUUAAUUCACUUUACAGCAUAUUCUGUGAAGCACUUUGAGAUGUCUUGAAGAUGCGAUAAGGUGUUAUAUCAAAUGCAAGGAUUAUUAUUAAGACAAGCUGCCAAUCACUUUUUAAAUUUUCUCUUAAAUAAAUGUCUCUUCAAAUGAAUACUUCUGAGAUGAAGAUUACAAAUUAAGUCGUGCUUUUUUUUGCAUUAGUUGCCAAUAAGAAGUGAAAUGCAGUACAUUGGAACUGAAAGGUUUACACAUACUUUGAAUUAUUGGACACUUAUUAAAUGGAUCAAAGAAAACUUGA